AAGAAUAAAAACAAAAUAUUAAUAAUUUAUUUCAUAAUGGUCGUAACGUUACCUGCUUUUUAUAUCGAAUGGAAACAUCAAUUAUAUUCAGCUAAAUAUAGAAUAUCGUGCUUAACCUAAUGUUAUAUCGAUAACAAGUUCUUGCAAUACUAGAAUCAAGCAAAUAAACAUCGGACGCGCCAAAAAUUAUUCGCAAAAAGUGUGCCCCAAUUUGAGCGUCAGGAUUCGCAAAUCGUUUCAAUUGGGAUACAGGAUACAAUUAAAGUGAGGAUGAGCACAAGCCUGGACGAAUCAAUAUGCGCAUAUUUUGUCAACAACACAAAAAGCGAAACAGAGGCCGAUUUGGCCAUAGCUGGCCAAUAUGCCAACGCAUUAAAGUUGAUGCGCGAGCAGCUUGCGGACACGCAAAUCCGUGAAAUUCGAGCAAGCGAAGGAUUUCCAUUGAUCGCCGGUGGUGGGCUUACGAAAAAAGAUAUAUUCGUGCUAGCUCACUUCGAGGGAGAUCUGUUCCAACAGCUGCAGCUGACCAAGGCCCUAGUUCUGGGCCCGCCCUGCAUAGUGGAGUGCCUGCAGGAGAAUGCGCCGGUUCCACUGGGCACUAGUCCCAUAUAUGCUACGGCUAUGCGUGACCUGCAGAUCUCGGCCAGUGGUAUCAGCAGCAAAGAAAAGGAUGAAAUUAAGAAACUAAUCCACUGGAUGGGCGGUCAUUAUUUCCAGAACUUCGGACGCAACAUCACACAUCUCAUAUCGAACACGAUCAAGUCCAACAAGUACGAGCACGCCACGCUCAACGGUGUGCCUGUCAUGCACACCGACUGGGUGCAGGACGUCUGGGCGAGUUGUUGCAGUGGCGGCCAUAGCACCGUUAGCGCCACGGACACACAGUUCGACAAGUAUCGCCUGCCCACGUUCUUUGGCGCCAAUAUCACGUGCAGUGGACUGGAGACGUCGCGCAAGGAGGCGGUGAUGCGUCUGGUCAAUGAGAACGGCGGCAUCUACCAUCGCGCCUUUCGCUCCCAGCAGGUGGACAUUGUCAUCACGGAACAGUCGAAGACCGACACAGAAAAAUAUAAGGCGGCAUUACGUUUCAAGAAGGAUAUCCUGCUGCCCGAAUGGGUAUUCGAUAGCCAUGAGCGCGGCUACGCGCUGCCCACCAAACAGUAUGAAGUGCGGGCUCGCAAACAGGUCUCUACGCCGACCAAGCACACCCAUGGCAAUCACACGGUGGCUGACAGUACCCAGCUCUCGGAUUUGUCGCGCAUCAGCUUUGUGAGUGCGCCGGGUCGCCGCAUGUGCAGCGAAAACACGACGCUCAACGAGACGGCCAGCAGCAACUGCAGCGUCACCAGCGGCAAAUCCACACGCAACGCCGGCGGCCUGCUUAAACAGGCCACUGGCAACAGCAAUCAUAAACAGCAGCUGUACCAGGAGACGCUGGAGGAGAUUAGUCCGCGCAAGGCCAAGAAGGCGGGCAACUUUUUGGAUGGCUGCUGCGUCUACCUGAGCGGCUUUCGCAAUUUCGAGCGCGAGAAGCUGAAUCGUGUGCUCAAUACAGGCGGCGCCACGCGUUACGAUGAUCCGCAUGAAGGCCUGACCCACAUCGUUGUCGGCCAGCUGGAGGAUGCUGCAUAUAGGCAAUGGCAGACUGAGGGUUUGCUCGCCACGGUGCAGGUUGUGCGGCUCGAGUGGCUGUUGGAGAGCAUUCGAGCUGGUCGCAUUGUCAGCGAGCUACCGCAUCAUGUCUCCGUGCCACAUGGCGGCGAGGCAACCGACGCCCCCUCGCCGGCUAGCAAGCGUACGUUGCGGUCCAUGAAUCACAGCUUCAAGCAGCCAUCAUUGCCCAUCAAAAAGAAGCUCUUUGAUGGGCCCACGGACGGUGAUGCACAUCCGGAGCCGGAGCCAGAACCGGAGCUACUAACACACUACUCUCAGGAGCAGGAGCCGGCCAUGCCGUUGCCCGCCGCCAGCUCCACGCAGCUCUCGGUGACAGCAUUGACAGCUGCACCCAGUGCUUCAUGUGCCGUUCCAUUGGCCGUCGCCCUGCCCGAUCUGAGCGCCAGCACGCUCUCCAUAGACUUCGACAAGCUCGACUACUUUAAGGGCGCCUCGGUGUACGUGCACGAGCCAUGCUUCAGCAGCGAGCUGUACGAUCAGAUGCUCAGCGAAUGCAAAGCCGCCCAGGGCUGUCUGGUGCCGGCGAGCUACACGGAUCAGGUGGACUAUGCCAUUGUCAGCUUUGAGCAGGCGCUGGAUGAGUCUGUGCUGCCAGUGCAGGCGCGUUAUGUGGUCACCGAGCUGUACCUGGAGAGCUGCAUGAAGCAGAACAGUUUGCUGCCACUGGAGUACUAUCAUCGGCCAGUGCCGCACAAUGCACGGCUGGAGCCACUGCGUGGCAUGACCAUUGUGGUGUCCAUCUAUGCGGGCCUGGAGCGGGACUUUAUUAAUGCGCUGGCAGAGCUGCUCGGCGCCGCGCUGAACAAGGCAUUUGUCAAGAAGGAACGCCCGCUGCUGAUCUGCUCCGCGGCAGAGGGCUCCAAGUACGAGGGUGCACUCAAAUGGGGCUAUCCGGUGGUGCAAGCCGAUUGGCUGGUGCAGUGCGCCCAGCGUGGCGAGAAGCUGCCGUAUGCUCGCUUCCUGGUGGGCAAAAGCGCCAGUGACUUUCCUGGUUCGCCUGGUCUCAAGGACAGCAACAAAACGCUAACACCCAAGGCUAAAACGCCAGUCACGCCUCAGGAGAAGACAGCAACAAAGGAGCAGCAAUCGACGCUGAUGGAAGAGGAUAAGGAGCAGCAGCCAGUGCAGCCGGAUCUAACGCCACUGCGUAAUCCGCGCGUCUCCGAACUGGUCACGGGCUUGCCCAGCACGCGACGACGCAGCUCGAGCGGCACCACGACGCCCGAGUCGCCGCAUACGCCGCUCAAUCAAAAAACCAUCGCAGGCGGUGCGUGCAACUUUGAUUUCUUGGAGCAGGUGGUGCAGCGACUAGACACCAGUCAGGCACGCGACUGUGUGCGUCAGAUAAUCCGUGAAAUGCGCGAGAACCAGACGCCCGAGCUGGAACGGAUCAGGCGGCAGGCCUGCACGCCCGUCAAUCGGCGCCAGACAUCACGACCCGCACCCGGCAUACCCAACUUCUGCCUGACGCCUGAGUUCCAGCAACGCAUGGCCGACGACUUCGAGCGUCGCUGGCGUCUGCCCAAGCACCAGAUCAAGCCGGACACGCCCCUAGCGGUGAUCAGGCAACGUGUGAUGCGUAUCACAUGCGAGACACUGGGCAUUGACUACACCGACGCCGAGAGUGAAUGUGUGCAAGUGGCAGAGCCGCACCCUCAGAGGAUGGUGGAGCACCCGGUGAGUCGCCUACUGUUUCAGGCAGGAGCAGCUGCAGAUGCAGCGCCUGCCUCACCAUUCGUGCCCAGCACACAGAGUCCCGGUGCCCCAGGUGCAGUUGAUGAGCUGCCCAGCGGCAGCACUAUAAACUUUGAUAAGAUUAGCUUCGAAGAGACGGCAGCGGACAAUUCUCUGGAGGUCAAGCAGAUCACCGACUACCUGAAAAGCCGCGAGCUGCGCCGCAGCAGCCUGAAGCGCGACCACGAGGGCCAGACCAUAAGCGAGGUGCAAUAUGUGCAGCCCUUCGAGUCGGAGGGUUUCGCCCUGACCGAGGAUAUGGUGGGCUGGCGUGAUCCAGCAGAGUUCAAUCGGGGCAAGCGGAGCAGCAAUGGCGAGUCGUCGCGCAUGCUGUACCAGGGCACGCCGUGCUUCAGCAUCUCGUGCGGCGAUGAUGAAGACAAGCGGCUGCUUCUAAUGGAACGCAUUCGCUUGCUGGGCGGUCAGAUCUGUCAGAAUCUGUCCAACUAUGAUCCCGCCUGCACGCAUCUGCUGUGCGAGCGUCCCAAUCGCGGCGAGAAGCUGCUCGGCUGCAUGGCAGCGGGCAAAUGGGUACUGAAUAUCAGCUACAUCGAGGAGUGUCAUUCCCGCGGCGUCUUUCUGGAUGAGUCCCUCUACGAGUGGGGCAAUCCCAAGGCGCUCAAUUUACCCACGCUGGCGCCGGAGGAGCAGCAAAUCGCAGUCGCCGCGCAUCGGUGGCGCCUCGAGCUGACGCCUGACAUCGGCGCCUUCAGCGAUCACUGUGUCAUACUCAGCCUGCAAGAGCGCAAUUUGGCGGCCAUCAAGAACGUGCUGCGUGCCGGCGGCGCUAAAAUCCUGGACCCCAGCUCACCAUUCAGUGAGGAUGCGACGGCAGCCAGUGCCACGCACUGCUUUGUCGAUGUCAAGAAGGCGCCGCUAGCUGCGAAGGAUUUCGUUUACCUGCAGCAGCAUGGCGUCCGCAUCAUGUCACAAAUGUGCAUUAAUAGCUACCUGAUGGGCGGCCGUGAGGCCAAUCUGGAAAAGUACGUCCUGCGCCAGUGAACAGCACAAAUGAUCUAAUUUUAAAUAUUUUUUCUUUUUUUCUGCUCUGUUAAAAUUUUCUCU